AGUAUAAAUAUACUAAAAAUACUAGAUUUUGUUGUUGAUGCAUACGAUGUCUUUGGAACAGAACUUCAAGAAAGCUUGUGAUGAAGCAAGAAAAUUCACCAAGAGACCACCAGAGAAAGACAUUUUGGAAAUUUAUUCACUCUUCAAACAAGCUACUGUGGGCGACAUAAAUAAGGCCAAACCUUCAGAUGUAGAAGGGAAAACGAAAUGGGAGGCCUGGAAUAGCAAAAAAGGCAUGAGCCCAAAAACAGCCAAGGAACAGUACAUUAAAAGAGUUGAAUCACUUUCUGGAACAUAUAAAUAAUGUAACUUCUGAAAUGUAAAUGGAAUGUUAAUGGAAAUCUAAUAAAA